UUCCGGUUGGCUUGACACAUCUCCACCUUUUCCUACCUACACAGGCCUCCUCUGCUCUGAACUAAGCACCUACAACAAGUUUGACAGCUCAGCCUUUUUUGUGCUCACACAGUCAGAGCAGCAGCAACAGACAGCUGGAGUCUCCUUCACUGGACUUUUCUCCUUUUCUUCUUCUCAGUUUGGAUCCUUUCUUGCGUAUUCUGCUGCCUAUGAGGAAUGUCAUGUGUCCAUAGGUUUGGUCACUUUUCCCUGUUGGACCUUUUCCUUUUGGUUUGAGUCGGUGUUUAAAACAAAAACAAAAAAAUCUUUCUUUAUCGUGUGUCGCGAGAGGAUCUAAACAUGUCGAGGAGCGUGGAAGAGGUGACCAAGCUAACUGAAAGUGCAUACAAGAGUGUGAUGGACCAGUUCAACCCAGGACUGAGGAAUCUGGUCAACCUGGGCAAGAACUAUGAGAAAUCAGCAGCUGCAAUGAUCCUGGCGGGAAAGUUAUAUUUUGAUGCAAUGUCUAAGAUUGGGGAGAAUGCUGCAGUGUCUCCUGUCUCCAGAGAAUUAGGUGCAGUGUUGAUGGACAUCUCCGAGAUCCACAGGAAGGUUCACUUUGAGCUGGAAGAAAAUUUUAAGAGGUUCCACAGGGAGAUAAUAUCUGAGCUGGAGAAAAAGACUGAAAUGGAUGUAAAAUACAUGACAGCCACAUUUAAAAGGUUCCAGAUGGAGCACAAGAUGAAGCAGGACUCUCUGGAGAGGUCCCAGUCAGAUCUGAAGAAGCUGAGGAGAAAAAGCCAAGGCAAGAAUGCCAACAAGUACGAGAACAAGGAGAGCGAGUGCCUGGAAACAUUGACAAGCCGUCAGAUGGACAUGCAGUUGUUCAUCGCAGACGGCUGUAAGGAGGCUUUGCUGGAGGAGAAGAGACGCUUCUGUUUCCUGGUGGACAAGCACUGCAUGUUCUCCUACCAGUUUGCUUCCUUCCAUGAGAAGGCCAGAGACAUGCUGACCGCAAAGCUGAACAGCUGGCAGAACCAGUGCAACGACGCCUCCGAAAUGCCCGACAGCGUAAUGUCGAUGAUUGAGGGGCUGCGCACCACCGCUCCCAUCACACCUCUGCCUUCUCCCUCCCCGUCACGGCACAGCAUGAACAUGUCCGCUCCCCCGGCCCCACUUCUGAAGGCUCAGACCAGUCCUCUGGCUAACAUGUUCACCCAGGAGAACAACACCACCAGUGUAACCAGCACUACCAGCAACAGCAUAGACCACGGGAACAGCGAGGAGAACAAUUUUGCCAGGUCUGUGUCUGUUGCAACUGGCCUCAACAAUAUAGUGAAGAGGCCGCGAAUGCGCACCAUCUUCCCCCACACUGCCGGCAAUAGCAGCACACUGCUCAGCUUUGACGAGGGAGACAUCAUCGCCCUGCUCAUCCCUGACGAGAGAGACGGGUGGAUGUACGGCGAGCUGGAGAAAAACUCAAAGAGGGGCUGGUUCCCUUCAUCUUACUGUCGUGCACUCUCCGAGCCUCUCGUGAAUAACAACAGUGUGUCUGCUGCCCCGUACCGCAGUAAAAGCGUGGUCAACCUCCACCAUCAGGACACAGAGACAGACGAGGCAACCAUGGUGCUCCCCCCAGAGGACUACUGUGACCUCCCGCAUCGCAACGCCAUCAAGAACAACACCAGCAUCGUCCCCACAAACAACCACAACCACCACUCCCCCACGCCCUCCGCGGUCUCCUCCUCGUCGUCUGAUAACACGGCAAUGCAGUCAAAUGGCACCUCACGGCCUCCGCCAGCUUACCUUGCAGGAGGAAACCCAUUCGCCACAGUCAGGCUACGUCCAACCAUCACCAACGACCGCUCCGCACCGGCCGUCUGAUCAGUCCACAUUUCCUCACACCCUCCGCUCCCACAUCUCGUCAACAUUUCUGUGUCAUCUACCUUGUGUGUUCAGCUCUGCCCUAUCUUUACUGUUCAGCUAUUCCUCUUCUGGAUGGAACCAGACAGAACUUGGCCAGCACUGAGAGGAAAAACAAAUGCCAUUUGAAUCUGGGAUCCCUUUACUGCUGAAAACUCUCACCUGGAAGUAUUUUGGGAGCGUUUUAUUUUACAGAACAGAUGCUCAUAUAUUUAAAAUAUACAUAUUUCCUAUGUCUACUUUCGUCCCUCUGUUUGUGGUGGUGAUGUUUAAAGGACCACAUUCUUACCUGCACUUGAGAAAUGGAUGACUAAAAAUUGUCAAGAAAAUACUGCAAUGUAUGUAUGCUGUUGAUGUUUCUUGUUCGUCAAAAUUACUGUUGCCAUAGGACAGUAGAAGAAUGUACUUUGGAGGACCUCUGCAUUUCACCUUUGGGUCCUAAUAAAAAUGUUGCAGCUCACUGUUGAUACUAAAAUGUUGACAGUGAGCUGACUGUUGUACGGAGAAAAACAUUCUAACACUUUAAGAUGGGCAUUUAAAAAAACACAACUGAUCUCUCUCUCUUGUGUAUACAUUUGUACAACAGAUGCUAUGUUGUCCUUUGCCAUCUAACUAAAAAUUUUGUAGAGCGAGACUAUCAUGGAGACAAGACUUUUGCCUUAAUGACACAUGCAUAACUACUGUAAAAAUAUUUAACUGUUGUAAUCUUUAAAUUGUGGACAAUCGCCUCAUCUUCACAUUGACAAUGCAGUAAUUUUUGCUUAAAUCAUUACACAUGGUAUUUUAAGACUACAGUGUGUGUACGCUUGUGUUUCCGGCCCACAUUACAACAUUAAUAGAACUUGCUGUAUGAAAAAUAAAGAUUUAUUUCUUCAA